CUGUGCGCCCGCGGCGCGAGGCGUGGGAGGGAGCGCGGCCGUCGGCGCCGGCGCCGCCCCGUCGUAGUCUGCCUCCGUCGCACGGUGCUGAGCCGCGGCCCGAGUCCUCUGACUACUAUGGACAGAAGAAAGAGAAACUAGGAGUAUUUUAAAAAAUCGUUUGAUUUCUUCACAGAGUUAUUGUGGCCUUCUGAACUGUAGAACUGGCGCUCCUGAGUCUUCCAGUUACAAAUGCAGUGCCUUCCUCCACUUCCCAGAGCCCCUCAAGAGUAACGGAAGGGGAGUCCAGUCAUUGUUACGAAGCUCCACAAGGAAAGUGAACAGCAUCCAUAUCGUCGCCUUUGCGAGUGUGUUGUAUUUGGAGACCUGUUGUCCCUUGGUUUUCAUAAGAUUGCGGAAGCAUGAGAAGACUGUAACUGAGAGGCUGGAACACAUUACAGAAGGAACACUUCCCAGAUUUUGCUUCAGGCCCCGAGGAGAGGAGCACACAGGGCAGAGUUUAGUCUUGCUUGUGGAUCGCAGCAGACUGUGCCUGAGAGAUGACCCGGGACGCUGUGUGCGCACUCCUGGCUUGAGCUUUCUAGCAGUGGGUGUAUGGUGUUGGAGCUGGCAGGUGCCGUCUGUAUGGAGAAGAGCGGCUGUAGUCCAUUUCCAAUGUGUUGGGCUAAAGAAUAUGACAGAUACCUAGCAUCUAGCAAAACAAUGGCAGCUGCUUACCUCGACCCAAACUUGAAUCACACACCGAAUCCCAGUGCCAAGACUCACCUGGGUCCUGGCAUGGAGCGCUCCCCUGGUGCCAUGGAGCGAGUAUUGAAAGUCUUUCAUUAUUUUGAAAGCAAUAGUGAGCCAACCACCUGGGCCAGUAUUAUCAGGCAUGGAGAUGCUACUGAUGUCAGGGGCAUCAUUCAGAAGAUAGUGGACAGUCACAAGGUAAAGCACGUGGCCUGCUAUGGAUUCCGCCUCAGUCACCUGCGGUCCGAGGAGGUUCACUGGCUCCACAUGGACAUGGGCGUCUCCAGCGUGAGGGAGAAGUAUGAGCUCGCCCACCCCCCAGAGGAGUGGAAAUACGAAUUGAGAAUUCGUUAUUUGCCCAAAGGAUUUCUCAAUCAGUUUACUGAAGACAAACCAACCUUGAAUUUCUUCUAUCAACAGGUGAAGAGUGAUUAUAUGUUAGAGAUAGCUGAUCAAGUGGACCAAGACAUUGCUUUGAAGUUGGGUUGUCUAGAAAUACGGCGAUCGUACUGGGAGAUGAGGGGCAAUGCCCUAGAAAAGAAGUCGAAUUAUGAAGUCUUAGAAAAAGAUGUUGGUUUAAAGCGAUUUUUCCCUAAGAGUUUACUGGAUUCUGUCAAGGCCAAAACACUCAGAAAACUGAUCCAGCAGACAUUUAGACAGUUUGCCAACCUUAACCGAGAAGAAAGUAUUCUGAAAUUCUUUGAGAUCCUCUCUCCAGUGUACAGAUUCGAUAAGGAGUGCUUCAAGUGCGCGCUUGGGUCAAGCUGGAUUAUUUCAGUGGAGCUGGCAAUUGGCCCAGAAGAAGGGAUCAGCUACCUGACGGACAAGGGCUGCAACCCCACACAUCUGGCUGACUUCAAUCAAGUGCAGACCAUUCAGUAUUCAAACAGCGAGGACAAGGACAGAAAAGGAAUGCUGCAGCUCAAAAUAGCCGGUGCACCCGAGCCUCUGACAGUGACGGCACCCUCCCUAACCAUCGCAGAGAAUAUGGCUGACCUGAUAGAUGGAUACUGCCGGCUGGUGAACGGGGCCACACAGUCCUUUAUCAUCAGACCCCAGAAAGAAGGUGAACGAGCUUUGCCAUCAAUACCAAAGUUGGCCAACAGUGAAAAGCAAGGCGUGAGGACGCAUGCGGUCUCCAUGUCAGAGACUGACGACUACGCUGAGAUCAUAGAUGAAGAAGACACGUACACCAUGCCCUCAACCAGGGAUUAUGAAAUUCAAAGAGACAGAAUAGAACUUGGACGGUGUAUUGGAGAAGGCCAGUUUGGAGAUGUACAUCAAGGAGUAUAUAUGAGUCCAGAGAAUCCAGCUUUGGCGGUUGCAAUUAAAACAUGUAAAAACUGUACCUCGGACAGCGUGAGAGAGAAAUUUCUUCAAGAAGCCUUAACCAUGCGUCAGUUUGACCAUCCUCAUAUUGUGAAGCUCAUUGGAGUCAUCACAGAGAAUCCCGUCUGGAUAAUCAUGGAGCUGUGCACACUGGGAGAGCUGCGGUCAUUUCUGCAAGUAAGGAAAUUCAGUCUGGAUCUGGCAUCCUUGAUCCUGUAUGCUUAUCAGCUUAGCACAGCUCUUGCAUAUCUUGAGAGCAAAAGGUUUGUGCACAGGGACAUUGCUGCGCGGAAUGUUCUAGUGUCCUCAAACGACUGUGUGAAAUUAGGAGACUUCGGGCUGUCCCGAUACAUGGAAGACAGUACUUACUACAAAGCUUCCAAAGGAAAAUUGCCUAUUAAGUGGAUGGCACCAGAGUCCAUCAAUUUUCGACGUUUUACCUCAGCUAGUGACGUAUGGAUGUUUGGUGUAUGUAUGUGGGAGAUACUGAUGCAUGGUGUGAAGCCUUUUCAAGGAGUGAAGAACAAUGAUGUGAUCGGUCGAAUUGAAAAUGGGGAAAGAUUACCAAUGCCUCCAAAUUGUCCUCCCACCCUCUACAGCCUUAUGACGAAAUGCUGGGCCUAUGACCCCAGCAGACGGCCCAGGUUUACUGAACUUAAAGCUCAGCUCAGCACAGUCCUGGAGGAGGAGAAGGCUCAGCAAGAAGAACGCAUGAGGAUGGAGUCCAGACGACAGGCCACGGUGUCCUGGGACUCUGGAGGGGCUGACGAAGCACCACCCAAGCCCAGCAGACCCGGCUACCCCAGUCCAAGGUCCAGUGAAGGAUUUUACCCCAGCCCGCAGCACUUGGUCCAGACCAACCACUACCAGGGCUCUGGCUACCCUGGCUCACAUGGAGUCACAGCCAUGGCUGGCAGCGGCUACCCAAGUCAAGCAUCUCUUUUGGACCAAACAGACUCCUGGAAUCACAGAGCCCAGGAGAUGCCCAUGUGGCAGCCCAGCACGGAGGACUCUGCAGCCCUGGAUCUCCGGGGGAUGGGGCAGGUGUUGCCAGCCCACCUGAUGGAGGAGCGGCUGAUCCGACAGCAACAGGAAAUGGAAGAAGACCAGCGCUGGCUGGAGAAAGAAGAGAGAUUUCUGAAACCCGAUGUGAGGCUCUCUCGCGGCAGCAUUGACCGGGAGGACGGCGGUCUUCAGGGCCCGACUGGAAACCAACACAUAUAUCAACCUGUGGGUAAACCAGAUCCUGCAGCUCCACCAAAGAAACCACCACGCCCCGGAGCCCCUGGUCACCUGGGCAGCCUUGCCAGCCUCAGCAGCCCUGGGGACAGUUACAACGAGGGCGUUAAGCUUCAGCCCCAGGAAAUCAGCCCCCCUCCCACUGCCAACCUGGACCGCUCCAAUGACAAGGUGUAUGAGAACGUGACGGGCCUGGUGAAGGCUGUCAUCGAGAUGUCCAGCAGAAUCCAGCCGGCCCCGCCGGAGGAGUACGUGCCCAUGGUGAAGGAGGUCGGCCUGGCCCUGAGGACAUUGUUGGCCACUGUGGAUGAGACCAUUCCUGUCCUCCCAACCAGCACACACCGAGAGAUCGAGAUGGCGCAGAAGCUGCUGAACUCUGACCUGGGCGAGCUCAUCAGCAAGAUGAAGCUGGCCCAGCAGUAUGUCAUGACCAGCCUCCAGCAGGAGUACAAGAAGCAGAUGCUGACGGCUGCCCACGCCCUGGCAGUGGACGCCAAGAACCUGCUCGACGUCAUUGACCAAGCUAGACUGCGAGUGCUUGGGCAGACAAGGCCGCACUGAGCCUGCCCGGGAGCGCGUCUUCCUGCCCUCACUGGAGGUGUUCUCGGCCUUCCACCAGCAGCGAGGAGUUAACCCCGUGUCCUCGGUCCCAGCACUUCACAGCUCCGACUCUGGAAAGACAGCUGGUUGAAAGUCGUCUCUCUUAUAAGUUUAACCACAUUUUAAUUUGGGUUUACUUUUUUUUUUUAAUCAUGAUAUUCAGAAAAGUCCAGGAUCCUAAAAUGUGGCAUUUUUCUGAGAGUGGAAAUUCUACAUAAGAAGCUUUUAAGAAUCAAGAAGAAUGGCUCUGUUCACCGUAGGAUGUGUUUUAGUGGAAAUGGCCAAGGGGUGGCGUGUUAACCUCUGAGCCACCUUCGCUGCAUGUUCAAAGAAGAGUAUGACCUGAAGAAUUCCAGGAAACCCGAGAGGCUGAGAAUUCUUUGUCUGCCAUGGAAUAUUAUCCAGACUGGAACUUUCGUUUGUUAGUACACCCUUCCGUUGCGAUAUGCUAACCCCACUUUACAAAGAAUAUUAAAGCUCUAUUUUGAAGACUUGAGUCGUUUCAGAACAACUGCCACCCUUUCUGAAUUUCCGCCUUUUCCUCUCAUGUGAAUAUGUGAAACAUUUGGUUGGAAACUAGCUGUAGGACACAACUGAAAACUCUUCUUCUCACCAGAAUAAUGUGCCAGUUUUUUGUAGCAAUGUUGUUUCUCUUGGAAGCAGAAGUGCUUUAUACCAGAGCGCCUCCAAACUGCAUCGAAAAGUUCCAGAACCAUCCCUGUUUUCCAUUUUUAUAUAAUUUAUAAAGAAAAGAUUAAAGCCAUGUUGACUGUUUGGCAGCCACUGGAGCUCACUAACCCAUCGUGUGUGUCUUCCCAGGAGAGAAUUACGCAGAGGGAUUCGGGUUUCUUCGGAUGUCCAGUUACACCUUCCAUUCUGUUAAAUAACGUUGAAGAAUACGCCCUCCCUUUAGUGUGUUGGGGGAUAUAAAUUAUUCUCAGGAAGAAUGUAAUGACCUGUACAGUUACUUCAGCCUAUUAAAAAGGUGUUACCAGUGA